CAUGACCUAGUGUGGAAAGACUGGGACCCUCCACCAUGAAGAGGGGGGACUAUUUGUGACAAUUAUUGUUUUGAUCUGGAUGACCUCUAUCAUUAGAUUUUGACUACCUUCAAGGUAAUCAACCAGUCAUUUUUACUGUACCAGUGGUUCUUUUCCUAACAUGCCUUGAAAAAUAGCUUGGCAGUCUGAUGGAUAGUCUUUGUUAUUGCAUUUGAUGUCCCCCUCUUCAGAUGGACUAUUCCAUUUCGCAUCUGAAAAAUCAGAUAGUUGGAAAGAAUUCUUCAUGCCAGGGACUGCUGUAGCCCCAGCACUGAUAAUAGCAGAGAACACCUGACCUGAGAUAAGCAAAUGGAUCAUCCGGAGCUGAAAGAACCCAUGAAGGUCUCACUCAUUAAAGAUGAGAUGAACCGAUCCAACACGGGAACAAGUGACUCAGAGAAAGUCAUCAAGCAUCUGAACGAGGAGCUUCGUGAGGCCCAGGAGCUCUCCAACACAGGAAAACUGAAAUGCAUGGAACUGCAAGGUCUCCUGGAGGAGGAGAGGAGAGCCAACAAGCAGCAAGCUGACGAAUCUGCAAAACAGUUGAAAUUCCUACACGGCCAGCUGCGACAGCUACAGGACGAGCUGGAGGUCCUUAGAGAACAGAAAGACAGCGCCUCCCUGAGUUCACAAGAUGAACUGCACAAAUCCAGAGAAGAAGUGAAGACUCUGCGUCGCACCCUUGAUGCUGCCACCGCCGAUUGGAAGCGGGAGGUCUCUACGGUCCAGGGUAACCUAGCAACCGUCUCCAAGGAUAUGGAGAAGUGGCGAGAGACAGCUAGCAAGUACGAGCGUGAGAUUAACGGCCUGCAAGGUGACCUACAGCAGCAGAGUAAGCAGUGGCAGAAGGCUGCCGAGUCACAAGCAGGUGAAAUGGAGUCCAUGCAUAGGGAGUGCACCAGCCUCCAGAGGGAGGUGUCAUCCCUGCGCUUGGAGAAACAGGAAGUGCUGAAUACACACCAGAAGGAGAGUGCUGCCCUCAGGGCGGAGAAGGAGGAACUGCUCAGGGCUCACCAGAAGGAAAAGGGGAACCUACAGAAUGAGAGUUCUGUCAUGCGCUCAGAGAAAGAGGCCAUGCUGAAGAAGCAAAAGGAGCUAGAGAAGGAUUUGGCCAGCUCACGUGCCCAGAGUGCUGAGCUGGGCAGCAUUCUGAAGGCCCUGGAGCUCUCUCAGGGGGAGAUGGAGAAGAGGCUGGGGGCCCAGCAGGAGCAGCACCAGCAGGACAACACCAAACUUCAGAGCCAGCUGGACCAGUCAGACAGCCGCACCAAGGACCUGCAGAGAGAGUACGAAGAGACGCAGACUGAGCUGUCAGACCUGAAGGAGAAGUUUGAGAGGACCGAACAGGAAAAGCAGUCGAUCACUGAUGAGCUUGAGGAGUGUAAAGCUGACCUGAAAAUGCUGCGGGAGAAAGGAAACAAAACCUCCCUAUUGCUGCCUGUUCAAGCCAUACUCAUCGGCCUUAUCCUGGCUUUGCUGUAUUGGUGCUUCGGCGCAUUGUGGUAGAAAGAGUGGAUGGAUCGUCUGGGUGCCUCAUGCCGUUGCCGUGGUAGCGACUAUGACUGCUGCUGUGCUCUACGCCAGGACCUGAGUGUGAGACACACAUACACAUACAAGGAUAUUAGUGCAAACAUGUACACAUACGUACAUAUGGUCAGACUUCUGUACACUAAACCUAUUAAAUGAAUUGCCUCCUGAUCUGUUCAGUUGUUUACUCAUGUUCAGAUGUUUUAAAAAGGAGAGCCCUUUAGUUGAAUACUUAUAUAGUUUCACUGAUAUAUUUUAGAGAAUUUUGAGAAAUGAAUAUCAAAUAUACUGUACAAUUAAAGACAAGUUCAAUCUUCCUAAAUGUAUAAUUUCAGAAACUCAUAAAUGCAUUUUUGGUUUUCUCUUUACAUUUUACAUUAGGACUCUAUCUUCUAAUAGGAUUUCAACAAUGAAUAUAGACUAAAGAUACUGUACACUGUUAUCCUCACUGAUAAUGAUUAAUAUUACUGCAGAAAGACCUGUCUUCGAGGUCCAACUGCCCUAAACACUUUGUUUUAGAGUCCAGUAAAAUAUGUAAAUUCACCUUCAACUUUAAUUUGCUGCAUUGCAACGCCUAAGCUCUGUGUGAAUACAUGGUGAAUGAUCUUAUAUAAUUUGCAUACACUCACUCACAUAAUUCUGGUAAUAAAGGUUAAGGAAUAACCAGAGAUUAAUGAUCUUGAGGCCAAGAAGUUAGAAGUUCCCCCUCAAUUUGAUGUUAACUGUUGACUAUUCAGUAGGCCUACCUCCCUUUUGAAUCAAUGUUUGCAUGCAAUUUAAACCUCUAGUAUCAAUUAAUUUGUCAUCCAAUUAAAUUCACCACAAAAUAUACUGUAAUUCAAGCAUUGCUUUUUCAAAUGUAAAUAAUUGUGCGAAGUAUACUGUAUUUUGAAAAAGAUAGGUGAUGGUAUAGUUUAAGUUUGAAGUAAAACUAUUUGCUCUAAAAAUGUACUUUGUGUGACCUUAAUUAAACCUUCUAAAUCUCA